AAAUCUCGGUCCGUGUUUGGCUAAUGUCAUGCGCAGUUUAAUCUGCUUCAAAGCAAACAAAGAUUGUUUUCUUCCGUUAUUUCCAACAUUAGACUCUGCUGCUGUUCUUAACUUUCGAGCGCCAACGAUACAUGCACGAAAUCGCCAACAUAUAAAACCGUGCUUCAUUCAGGGCUACACCUGCACCAUCGCAGACUGGACGGACGUCCACCUAGGAUGCUAAUACAAAGUGUGCUCAAGACAUUUUGGAAAGCGUCUUAGCUGAGCUCACUUUGUAUUACAAGGGAAGGAAGAAAUAGAAGAUCAAGAAGAUCACUAAUGAUGGAUAACGGGGACACCUGCAGCCUGAAGGACAAUAAAAAGAUGGAUGCCAGCACAGUAUGGCAGUGGCGCAUUAUGCACGUGAAUAAGUAUUCAAGACGCCCAGAACCCUUCCAUCACAGCCAUAAAGUGGGAUUAGAUUUUAACGUUGGAUCCAACACACAGAAAAAAUUGGAUUUACAUUUAUUGACAAAUGUUGUCAUUCUUGAGGUAUGUGACUUUGCUAAAACAGUAAACAAGAAUAAAAGGCGUUUUAUCACAAACAUUCUGGAGAAUAAUUUUGAUCUUGGAUUGAAAAACGAGCAUCAGAGGAUUGAGUUUACUUCUCAAAUUCUGCACAAAGUCAGAGACCUGAUCCGAAAACCGCCUAAAGAUAAAAAUGACAUGUUUACUCUCUUUGACACUUCAUUUCAGCCAGAAUGUGAAAACAUGGCAAUUACAGAACAUAAGACUGACAGUUUCCUGGUGGACAUGGAUGAUACUGAUGAAAGUGAACAUGAAGAUGAAUUUAAGUUUACAGAAACACCAUCUAAAGAAAAUAUAAAGUCAAAAGAGAUGGAUGGACCACAUGCUGAUGACAGUGAUACUGAAGAUGAAGUUGAGUGUUCAGGGCCUCAGUUAACAAAAGAACUGAAAGACGAUGUUCUUCCCCCCUCAUUCCCUUGUUGUGAAGAAAUUGGUCUGAACCUUGAUGUUGGUUCAAAACAAAGUCUAGAUCCAGGUGUGUUGACAAAGGGCGUGAUGUUAGAACUAGUACACUUCACUAGAGUACUGACUGCUUCUUACAGAUCUAUUGUUCUGGAUUUGUUGGAGCAUAACUUUGAACUUGAUCGUAAAAGACAUCAGGGAAACAAUCGAGCUUGGUUCAAGAUAUUAAACCUGCUGAAAAGGAGAAAGCGACUUAUCGCCACAAGUACUGAAACAAGUCCUGAUUUUAAAAGUGAGCCAUUUAACUUUAGGACAAAUCCCUUUGAAAGAGCAUCAGCACCAUCCAAUGUGGGAGCCCCUCUACAUCAAUUUAAGGAAGGGACCAAAAAAAGGCAGUCUGAUUUAAAAAGUAAACAAAAAAAGAGGGCUCUUUCAACAACAAGUGAGCACGUCACCAAGCGGCACAGAAGAGAACAGGCUGACCAGGUGGAGACUAUUACUCUGUCUCAUCACACUGAUUUGUGUACCAGUCAAACAGCAAAGGAUGACCACCACUACAUGAGUCCUUUAGACUCAGAUGAAGUCACAGAUUCAGAAAACGCUGAAAAUCAAGAUUACUUACAACACCCAACAAGUUCUGACUUCCCCACGCAAUCAGAAUCAAGUUGUCUGGGUAUACACAAACCUUUCCUCACCACCACUGAUGGUUCAUCCAGUUUACCGGUUGUGAACUCAAACGUGAGACCACUAUUUGUAAGUCACCCUGAUAAAAGAGGGCUGCCUGGAGAUGAAGAAAAGACAAAGAUUGUAAGAAAUGUACCAAAUGAAUGUGAGAUGGAACAAGACGAAAUGGAAACGGAGAGCAACAUGUGGAAGUUGCGUGCAAACCGCGUAAAACAAAUCCUCUUCUUACUAGACAAAGAGUACUGUGCAUUCACUAGAUCCAAAAAAUUUGGCCUAGAAUUUAAUGUUGGAUUUGGCCCAAAGCAAAACUUCAGUGUUGACUCUUUGACUAAUUCUCUUCUGCUUGAAGUUGCUAAAUUUGCCUUAGCAAUAAAUUCAUCCCAGCAAGAAUUCAUUAUGGAGAUUCUUAAGUACAACUUCAACUUUGGCCUGUGGAGUGAAUACCACUGGAAAACUUUUAUAUUUGAAGUUAUGAACAGAGUAAGACAGCUUAAAAAUCGUGAAGAUGCAGUCAAACUCUCAAACAAGGUUUUUGAACUUCCUUGUCUCAUGUCAUCAGUCAAUAGGGCGAAUCAGAGCAUGGGCAGUAUCGAUCCUGAACACAGCAACAUAUCAAGAAUGACAGAGUGUGAUGUUGCUCCUGUGUACCCUCCUGAUUCACAUGCUGAAACUAAAGAACAUAGUGUGGACCCUUAUCCCUUCUGCAAGGAAAUUGGUCUGAAGCUACGUGUGAACUACCGUCAACCAUAUAAAAAACUUGAGAUCAACAAAUUGACCAAUGGAGCAAUGACUGAAGUGACAAACUUUGCAGAAAAGUUGUGUGGAACAUUUGAGCAGAUUUGUCUUGAUAUCUUAAGGCACAACUUUGAUCUUGAUUGGCAAAAUGGAGAUUCUGGUCUUGCUAGAACUAUUCUCGCACGAAUUCCUGUUAUAAUGGAGCAAAGAAAUCUGUCAAUCUGUAUAACAGCCUACAAGAAAAUGAAGCGCACAAGAAAAGAUUUCUCAACGACGGUCAAACUGGAUUGCCAGAACAACGCAAAUUUGAAUACGUGUGAUACUGGCUCUUCCAAAGCUCCAAUCCUAGACCAAAACAUAGGGAGUUCCACUGACACUGAACAAGAAAAACAGCUCAAUUUAGGGAUGUGGAUAUUGCGGAUAAAUCAAAUUCACCAAAUCCUUUCAGUGCCUCAUGGAGAACAUUGCCCGUUGUAUUCUUAUUCCAGAUGCAAGAAAACAGGCGUCCAUUUCAAUGUGGGAUCUGGAGUGAAACAAAAUCUUGAUCCAAAAUUACUGACCAAUGGCAUCAUGGUUGAAGUUAAAACUUUUGCUACAUCGCUGCAAUCAGCCCAAAAGGAUUUCAUCACAGAGAUACUGGAGUAUAAUUUUCAUCUUAAUUUGAACAAUGAGCUUUGUCGCAAUGCCUUUGCACAGCAGGUCCUGGAAAAAAUCAAAGCAAUUAAGUUAAGAAAUAAAAAAUACAGCAUCCCACGAAUGAAAAUGGUUUUUGAACUCCCUGAAUCAAGAUGCAUAGAAGAAUCUACUUAUCCGAAAACUAAAUAUUGCCCCAAAUGUUAUCAAGACAGAUAUUAUAAGCUUUGUCAGGAUGAAUCCGACCCUGACCAAGUGCUUCAUCCUCGUCCGCAUCCUAUGACUGACACAAUCUCUGCUGAAGCAAACUGCACAGCACAAAAGCCUGUAAAGGAUCUGUCCUCUGCUUUCCGAGCAACAGAGGAGACGAUAAUGGACAGUUAUCCUCACUGCAAGAAAAUAGGUUUAAGCCUGUGUGUGAACAAAGACAUGCCGAAAGAUAAACUCGACCUGCAUGUAUUGACAUGCGGGGUUAUCAAUGAAGUGGCUAGUUUUGCCAAAAGAUUGUGUGGAACAAAAAACAAGAUCAUUAAUGAUGUCCUUGAACACAACUUUAACUUUGGCACGCAGGGCCGAGAUAUAAAUCCUGCAGUGCAGUUCCAAAGAAUGACUGCACUAAAUGAUGGGGUUCCCGCCUGGUUCAGUGAAGUUUUUGUUGUUCAGCCAUUUUCUCACAGAGAUUCUGGAGAUGUGAGUAAAAUGAAAGAGGUAUCUGCCAUGCAGAAAAAUGAAAGGAAGGAAACAACCAAAAAAAGAAAGUUGGCACUGCAAACGAAAAAGGAAAGAGCGACGCUGCCAAGUGAUAGUAUGGGUAUCGUAAAAUCUAAGAAAAAUAAGCACAGUUGUGGAGACUGCUAUCCCAUUUGCACAGAAAUAGGUCUGGACCUAGAGGUGACAUCAAAAUCCGGAGACAAAGACAAACUGGACUUGAAGCUAUUGACUAGAGCUGUAGUGAUGGAGAUCUACAGAUUUGCAGUCAAGAAAGUAGGACACUAUUUCCCAGGCAUUGUCUAUGACAUCCUUGACUACAACUUUGAUCUAAGCUCACAACAUUACAGGCGCUGGGAAUUUUCCAUAGCUACUGCAUCCAAAGUCAAAACCAUGGUCAAACAAUACCGGAAAAAUUUACACAGAGCAGGUGAGGUCUUCAAAUUACCCUUUGUGUUUGAACGCAAGGCAACAAAGAGAUUGGAACCAGAGGGACAAAAUACAAAAAGCACUGAAUCUUCCAUGGAAGAACCAGACAAGACAACAAAUGAAGAAGGGAGAUUUGUGCGACACAUCAGAUACCAUUCAGAUGUCAAUCGUGUCUAUUUUCUUGAUGUCAAAACUAAUGAGGAACCCUGGUUUGACAAUGAGGACACAAAGCCUCUAACGGAUCCUGGCUCAAUAAUGCAGAUGAAUGUGAGUCCAGUGAGUGGAGGUUGUGACAGUCUUCUCCAGGGAAACAUACGGAUUAAAGAGGAGGAAUACGAUCCACAGUAUGGCUAUAUCAAACCAGAAGCAGAUGCUGAGAAAAAAUAUCAUCCACAUUGUGAAGUUGACAAAACAGAGUCAAACACAAAGGAUGUCAAGUAUUUAGUCCACGGUGAACCUGCAGGAUCCCUUGGAUAUACCUUGGUAACCAUAUGUCCAAACUCUGGAAGCAAUAUAAAAAGUGAAUCAGAAACGGAGGAUGUCCAGUGUUACAACCUGGCUGAACCACAAGUGUCUGAAGGAUAUGCUAUGCUAGCUGUAUGUCCAAACACUGAGAGCAGUGUGAAAACAGAAUCAGGCACUGAGGGUGUCAAGGUUGUGGUCCCAGUUGAAGCAGCAGGAUUCCAGGGAUACCCCAUGAUGACCAUGUGUCAGGUCACUGAGACUACAUCAAUCAAAGAAGAGCAAGAAAAUGUGCCAGUUGAGUCAUACCGUUAUGAAGCUGUUUCAAACACAGAGAGUGAGGUGGACAUCAAACAGGAACGAAGAACAGGAAGAGAUCCUUAAUGAUUUAAAUGAUGGUUGAUAAAGGAGACAGGUGUUUUACAUGAAACAGAUCAAUAGGAGCGGAUUAGUAACAACGAUUCAGUUUAAAUGGUGUUGCCUAAAUUUGCUAGAAAAGCUUUUUCUCUGUCAGAGAAUGAAUUUGAUGACUCAAUUUAAAUUAUUUUAAUAGUACAGUGUACAUUAAGGAAUAUUUCUGUAAAUGCAAUAGAUAGCCAAAGGCUAAUGUUCAUCUGUGCCCACAGAUGAAAAUGGCAGGUGUUAGAAGGCCUCCUUUAAAAAAAGUUUCACAGUCACCCAUAGAGGCUCAUCUGAUACAGUUGGAAAUAAUUGAAGCUUCUUAUUCUUCUUUUUCUCUUUUGUGUUCAGAUAUUGCUAAAAUAAUUUGUAAGAACAUACUAAUUUGUAUCAGGACAAUGUGAUAUUUAUAUUUGUAGAUAGUAGAUUAUUGGAAGUUAGCCAUUGAUGGCAUUCUGGUAUGUUUGUUUUUUUUAAAUGCUUUUUCCUUUGUUGUUUUAUUCAUUUAUUUGUUUUUUUUUUUUACUUUUUUUGCGCUUUAUUGUUUACCAGUGCCUUUUCUGAUCUCAUUAAUGGUAAUUUAUAUAUUUUUUUUUAAUGUUUUGUUGAUUUUUGUUUUGAAAAGUAAAAGCUGCUUACUGACGAAAAUGAGAAAAUGUUGUAAAUUUUGUUGUAAAGAGAGGUCAUUUAUUGAACCUGUGAUGUAAAUCAGUAAAGAUGAGUGUCAGUACUUGAAAUAAUUUGAAUACACUGCAUAAUACAGAUAUACACUAGAAAGGAAAAUGACCUUGAUCUUGAUGGACUACUGUAUUUUUUUAUUGCUGUUUGACUACAUUCUAUAUGAUAUAGAGAUAUAUAGUUUAAAUUUCAUGGAAAUUGUGAUGAUUAUAAAUAAUUGCUGUAAUUUUAAAGAAUGAUUCUGUCGCACCACGAUUGACUGUGUCAUGGAAGAGUACUUUGUUAUCAAGGAGGAGGUAGGAUACUUUUCAGCCAUCAAAAGACAGACAUUUUAAAAAUGGGAACAUCCCGUCACAUACAUCACGCACACACAGCUAAAUAUGAGCCAAUGAUGACAUAAUGUAUGUCUUUUUUUUCCUGUGAUAAAUUCAGAAACCCCACUUAGUGUUUGUCUGUUUUCUUCAGGGCAGAGUUGAGAGGUAAACCCUGACAUUGUUGAAAUUAUCUUUGAGUUUGUGUGUUAGGGCUUUGUGAAAGAGUUGAAAUUAUUAUUUUCUUAUCAGACCAGACUUUGGAGGAAAAAAUUUAAAUUCAAAGCAAAUGAUCCAGAUCUGCCCUAAAGUUUAAUUGGUUCAUCCCUGGCCUAUGCCCCAUCUCUCCAAGUUCAGUGCAAUUCAGUUCAUUACUUUUUGGCCUGAUCCGGCUGACAAACAACAAACAGAGACGGGUGAUUACAGAAUAUCCCCGGAAGAGGUAAUGAUAAUAAUGACUUAAUAAAUAAAGUUAAAAUCAUGUCAUUUAGCUCACACAAUGGGAGUACAUGUUGUAAACAUAAAGUAAAUG